CGCCCGGUGGGCCCCGCCCGCUCGCCGAGUAGAGGAGUCGGGUGUCCCCCGCGGCGGCCCCAGUCGCCCUGGCGCCUGCCCGCCGGCCCCGGAGCCCAGCCAUGUCCUGCUACAUCUACCAGCUGCCCGCCUGGGUGCUGGACGACCUGUGCCGCAACAUGGACACGCUCAGCGAGUGGGACUGGAUGCAGUUCGCCUCCUAUGUGAUCACAGACCUGACCCAGCUGCGGAAGAUCAAGUCAAUGGAGCGGGUGCAGGGCGUGAGCAUCACACGGGAGCUGCUGUGGUGGUGGGGCAUGCGGCAGGCCACUGUCCAGCAGCUGGUUGACCUCCUGCGCCGCCUGCAGCUCUACCGCGCAGCCCAGAUCAUUCUGAACUGGAAACCAGUUCCUGAGAUCAAUUGUUCCUUCCUAGACUUUCCAGAAGCUGUGAAGCCAGGAAGGCCCCUAGAAGCUUCUGUAAGAACCAUGGAAGAUGAACAGGAGAAGGGGCCGUCUGUGAGGCCAGCCGACUUCCCAGGCCCAGGACAUGGCCAGACCCAUGAGCCCUCCUUUCCAGGGCCUGCUCCAGCCAGAACCAACCUCCUACCUCCUUCUGCAGAUGCCCCUCAUUCCUUAAAAACCGAUGUUCCUGUUUCAUCUAAUUCAAAGGACUUUAGCACCUCUAUUCCUAAGCAGGAAACACUUUUGAGCCUGGCUGGAGACAGCCUUUUCUGGAGUGAGACAGACGUGGUCCAAGCAACUGAUAACUUCAACCAAAACUAUAAAAUCAGUGAGGGGAACUUUGCUGACAUCUACAAAGGGCAAAAACAUGGCACGCUAUUCGUCUUCAAGAAGCUCAGAGAGGCAGCCUACUCAGGUCCAGGAUCGAUUGAAAAAUUCUUCCAGGCAGAGGUACAAAUUUGUCAUAGAUGCUGCCACCCCAACAUCUUACCUCUGCUGGGCUUCUGCACUGGAAAUCAGCUUUACAUCUUGAUCUACCCAUACAUGGCAAAUGGUUCUUUACAGGACAGACUCCAGGAUCAGGAUGGUUCGGAGCCCCUUCUCUGGCCCCAGCGUGCCAGCAUCUGCUCCGGGCUGCUUCGUGCUGUGGAGCACCUGCAUGGCUUGGGGAUCAUCCACGGCAAUGUCAAGAGCUCCAAUGUUUUGCUUGACCAAAACUUCAUCCCCAAGCUGGCUCAUCCAAUAGCUCACCUGUGUUCUGACAACAAAAGGUCAAAAUACACCAUGAUGAAGACUCACCUUUUCCAGGCCUCAGCUGCAUAUCUGCCAGAAGAUUUCAUCAGAGUGGGGCAGCUGACAAAACGAGUGGACAUCUUUAGUUGUGGAAUAGUGCUAGCUGAGGUCCUCACUGGCAUCCCUGCAAUGGAUAACAACCGAAGCCCUGUUUACCUGAAGGAUUUACUCCUUGGUGAAAUCCCCAGCAGCACCACCUCACUAGGCUGCAGGAAGACGGGUGUAGAAAAGGUGAUGGCCAAGGAGAUCUGCCGGAAGUACCUGGAGAAGAGAGCCGGGAGGCUGCUGGAGGACUGUGCAGAGACCUUGGCCCUGGCUGCCUGCCUCUGCCUGCGGAGGCGCAAUGCCUGCUUGGCCGAGGUGUGUGGUUCUGUGGCUGCUGUGGAAGAGCGGCUCAGAGGUCAGGAGACGUUGCUUCCUUCGAGUGGGCUUUCUGAGGGCACAAGCUCUUCCUCCAACACCCCAGAAGAAACAGAUGAUGUGGACAAUUCCAGCCUUGAUGCCUCCUACUCCAUGAGGGUAGCACCCGGGGCUGGAGCCGCUGCCUCAUUCCUGCCCACAGAGGAUGGAGAAGGCAGGCUGCAGGUCUGUGGGGGAAUGCAGGCCGAUUCCUCCUCUGUGGCCUGCGCAGGUCCGGAGCCUCCCCAGGAUGAGACUUCGUGGAAAAUCGAAAUCAAUGAGGCCAAAAGGAAACUGAUGGAGAAUAUCCUGUACUACAAAGAAGGGAAAUUGGACAGCAUUGAGCUUCUUGGCCCCUGAUGGCUAGCGUACAGCUUGUCCUCAAUUGGAAAGACGAACACCAAAUCAAGAAGAAGAUCUGAGGCAGAAUCAUCAUCUCCCAGGAAACACCAAAUAUCAGCUUUCCUGGGCCGGGGAGAGAAGCUUCCAUCCUACCAGCAUGAGUGAAGGGACCUCAGCUUUUCAAGACACAAAAAUCCAUGAAGUCAUCAUCCUUCCUGGGAUUUGUCAAUCAGAGCUGGUUAUCAGGAGACCAAAGCGGAAACCCUGGUCCAUGGGCCCAGGAUGUGGGCGAUUUUGUGGUUUUGGGGUGUGUGUGGUAAUAUUGUUAGCCAGCUCACACCUCUCAAGAUCUAAGGGAGGAUGGUCAGUUGUACUUUCCAAAGUUAAAUCUCUCUGGGUCAUAUUUGCCAACGACCAUCUGCAAAACUCCACGGCCCAGGUAUUGAGUAUUACGAAUGCCAGACACCUAGCAAAGGGCUCUUCAGGGUUUCCACUUUCUCCAACAGAUAUCUUGUAACCCACAGAUAUUUAUUUUUAUUUUUUUAUUUUUUUUUUCCCACAGAUAUUUAUUUAAUGCCUACUCAGCACCUUUAUCCUCCCACCCCACAAAUGCUAAUAUUUUUAGUGGAGCUUUUAUUUUGAGAGCAUGUAUUAUUUAUGGGUGAAUGAAGAAUCAAGAGAGCUAGUUUCAUGUCUAGUUCUGUUGCUAUUUAAAUAGAUUAUUUAAUUUCUGAAACCUUUGUUUCCUUAUAAGGAACACCUGUUCAUUUUCCUUGUUGGGAGGAACAGGUGAGACGUGGCUACAGAAGUACUUUGUAAAUAUACUUGUCCUUUUUUAUAAAAUAAAAAGAUGUUAAACACAUAUUUCUGCCACCUAAGGUUUAUGCAUUGGGUAUUUUUCUGCAAAGUUAUGUUGCAAAUCUUUUUGUGAAACAAAUGAUAUUUUAAAUUCAAUGCAUCCUGUUUUAAAUAAUUCUGUAGUGUUUUUUUUUUUGUAAAAUAAAAAUACAUUAGUAAAGUCAA